UACAGGCGAACGCGGAUCACGCGCAACCGCGACAUCACAAUACACCUCUAUAAUAUGGAUGUUAAUUAAAAAAUAAAAAAUUAAGAAAUAUCAAAUUUUCAUGCUUAAAAUUUUGGUAAAGUGAUGUGAUUAGUUUGUGAAAAUUAAAGUGAUUAAAGAUACCAAUAAUGGCGAUCGAUGAAAAAAAGAUAGAAACCAACGUUAAGACUAUCGACAAAAUGGUUUUAAACAACACUAAUGAGUACAUCAGAAAUAGCAUAAGGAAAAGUAAAAAGGAAAAAUCAAAUGUAGAUACAAAAAAAGAAAAAGAUGUUGGAGAUAAUUGGGACGAUUUAAAUUUCAUACAAAAGGCGAGGCAUAUGUUCUCAUUGAUUACGGUGGAGCCAAUUUUAGCGUGCUAUGUGAUGCCAUCUGUACUAUCGGCAUUAGCUACACAGAAUUUAUAUUUAGAAAAAGCUUGUCGUGUCAAUUUAGCUUUCGAACAUCACAUAUGUGAUGCACUAACUAAAAGAGAGACAGAGAACUAUACAAUGGAAGAAGAAGCAGUACAAACUCUGGUAGCGUCAGUUGCAGGAUGGAAAACUGUAUUACAGUCAUUCUUACCUUGUGGCAUAUUAAUAUUUCUCGGAGCCUAUAGUGACAGAGUUGGGCAAAGAAAAUUCUGCAUGCUUAUACCAAUUGUUGGAGAAUUCUUAACAAGCAUAGGCCUUAUAGUUAAUACGUAUUUCUUCUACCAAUUACCUGUAGAAGUGGCUGCUGUAACUGAGGCUAUUUUCCCAGCACUGACCGGUGGUUGGUUUACAAUGUUCAUGGGAAUCUUUAGUUACAUAGCUGAUGUUACCACGGAGGAACAAAGGACAUUGAGAAUCGGAAUCGUAAAUCUAUUUUAUUCAUUGGGUGUGCCUGUGGGUGCAGCGCUUAGUGGAAUUUUAGUUCGGAAAAUUGGAUUAUACGGCGUGUUCUCUUUAAGCGCAACGCUGUAUAUUUUGAGCUUCUUUUAUGGAUUCUUUAGGAUAAAAGAAGUCAAGAGGGAUGACUUGAACAUUAAGCCGACAAACAACUGCUGCGAAUGGCUUAGAGAUUUCUUUGACAUACGUUAUGUGAAGGACACGUUAAUGGUGGCUUUCAAACGAGGCCCCAACAACCGCAGGCUGAGAGUGAUUAUGUUGGUAGUCGUGCUGUGUGUCGUCAUUGGACCUAUUUAUGGCGAGAUGUCGGUUAUGUAUCUAUUCACUAGAUACCGUUUUAACUGGAACGAAGUUGAUUUUAGUAUGUUUUCAACUUACGCCAUGUGUACUUCACUAGUCGGAACGCUGUUCUCCGUUGGAGUUUUCAGUCACAUACUAAAGUUUGACGAUGCCAUCAUUGGUGUAAUUUCAUGCACGAGUAAAAUUUUAUCAGGCUUUAUGUACGCCUUCGCGACGAAGACUUGGCACAUAUACAUAGCUCCUUUGAUCGAAAUAUUUAACGGGACAUCAUUUAUUGCAAUGAGAUCGAUGGUAUCAAAAUUAGUGGACAAAGAUGAAUUGGGUAAAGUGAAUUCGUUUUUUGGUGUGGCAGAAGCAAUGAUGCCGCUAGUAUAUGCCCCAAUGUAUACGACAGUGUACACUGCUACAAUAAAGACGUUCCCCGGAGCAUUCUUCCUACUUGGAGGAGGACUUACUGUGCCAGCUGUUGUUAUAUUUUUGUGGUUGUAUUUGGCGAAUAAAAAACAUGAAGCAAAUACGAAUACGAACGAUAAAGAAGGUGAAAUGAAAUCCGAAACCAAAACAGAGAAAAGCGGCAUUGAAAAUAAAGCGUUCGAUACUAACGAGGACUUUAAAAAUAAAAACCAAACAAAAACUGAUACAAGUGACAUUUCUAAUAAUGACGUCACUCAAUCGCAAAUAGAGAUGGGCUUAACUCAAAGUAUGAUGUGCAACCGUACCAAUAAUCUUUGAACAGGGACAUCACUAACAGAUUAAAAAAAAAACAUUUUCCUUUUAAAGAAAAAUAGCACAUGACUAAAACAUUUAUUGCUAUUUUAAUUUAAGAGGAAUAAGGUUAGUUACAGUUGAAUACUGAACCAAUUGUAGGCGUCGCACGAAGACCAUUGUUUAAGUUAGUUUCGUUCCAGUAUUCGGCCGUUGUGAUACUAAUAAGGAUUUAGAAUAUUAUCCUGUGAUAUUUGUUACCUAUAUCUUAGAUUUAAUCAUAUUUUAAAUAUUUAAUGAUAAUAAAACUAUAUUUUUAUGCACAGGUAAUUUAAUUAUAGGUUAACUCUAGAAAAAAAUGUAUAUAGAAAUAGGACAUUAAAGUGAGAAUAAAUCCUUUUUCCAUCAGUUAACUACAAUGACGUACUUAAUUGUUUCAUGUUUACUAUAAAAACACCUUGUGCAAUGUCCAGUAUCUGCUUUUAAUUUUUUUUUAUUGAAUACUUAUAAAAAAAAUCCGUUAAAGAUAAUUUGUAUAAUAAUUUAAAUUAUUAUUUAAUCCACUUUGAACUAACAAUCCAUAAAACUUUGUAAU